AUGGCAGCGGCAUGGCGAGCGAAGGCUGUUGCUGCUCUAGCACUGCUCAUGUCUGUCGCUGUCGUCUACCUGAUUGCCAGCGACGAGCAUGGCACAAGCAUGUUGACGUCAAUACACACGAGGGAGACUGGGGGGCUCUCCCAACUGAAACUGCAGCUGAAGGCUCGGGAGCGCGUGCAGAAGGAAGUAGAGAAGUAUGCAGAGAAGAGCGAAGGCGCCGAUGACGAGAAACAAGGAGCAAGACAUACGUCGGACUCCUCGAUCAAAGCGCAACUGGAUGCUCUGCAAGAAAAGUUUCAGAAGCGAGUGAAGGAGGCGGAGAAAGAGGAAGCAGCGAGGAUUGACCAGCUCAAAACAAAGUUUGAGCACGAGGAGGAGAAAGUGAAAAGCUCCACAGCGCAAAAGUUUCACGAGCUGGAAAAGGAGGAGAAGGAGCAGGAGAAAGCUCUCCAGGAGACAAAUCAAGAAGCGAAGCUGAAAGCUCAGCUAAAGUCUGUCAAGGCUAUGGAGCAAGCAAAGACUUUGCAGCUAGAGAAGAAGCUCAACGCUAUUCGUCACCUCGAGAACAAGUUCUCUGACAGCAAGCAGCAGCAGGUCAAGCCAGCACAGCAGGCGCUUGCUCCUUCGCACGACAAGAAGGACAGACACCAAGAGAAGGAAGAGAAGCAGGGAGAGGAGAAGCAAGUCCGCAAGUCGCAGAGGAAGGAGGAAGCCGAGGGACAGGAGCAGAUCAAGCACAAAGCCCAGCAUGCGACCGCCGCUAAGUCUCAUCCUCUCACGCGCUUCGAGCGGCUCGUCCAGUGGGCUGAGGCACAUGGACUUCCGAAGAAGCUUGCAGACAACCCCGCGGACAAGGAUAAGGUGCGGAGGAUCAUCGCACGGAUGAAGGCGGACGAGGUGGUGGAGCAGAUGAAGCACAAGUUCUCGCACUACGAGAAGAUGGUCUCUAACGUGGUGAAGACGGCAGAGGAUGACAGCGCCAUGAACUAA